CAUGUUAAUCUCCACAAAAUCGCCAAGCCGUCAGUCCCAUUCGGACUACUACAGUGUGGCUUCAUCAUGCUCCUCAUCGUGCUCCGACGAUGACGUCAUUCCCUUCUUCGAACAAGAUCUGAGGCCCCUCGUCGAUGCUUCAUCCACAGAAUCCGAUGACUUGUCAUCACUUCCAGUCGGCGUUUGCCCACAUUGCCUUCAAAUUUUUGAACAGCCAAUCAGCCUUCAGUGUGGUCAUUCGUUGUGUCUCAUCUGCUGCAAUCAACUGCUCUUCUCCUCCCCACCAGCAUUAACGUCUCAUCUAAAUCGACCAAUUCCUCGAAUGGGAAUCUCCCAACGUGUCCCCUCAACGCUGCCCGGGUCAAAUGGAAUUGUGAUGUACCGGACUCCGAGGUGUCCGGUAUGCAGUGCUCCACCAUCUCGUUCACCACCAGUACCCAAUCUUGCUUUGGAUCAUCUGCUGCGAAAUAUGAGAACUUUUCGUUGGAAUCAAAUUGAGAAGGAUGUGAGCUCGCGUGGAUCUAGGAAAUGGGAUGAUGGCCCAAUCCAAGACUGCAGAAUCGCGGUGCUAGGAUCAUCGAAAGUCGGAAAAACGUGCUUCACAAUGGUCCAGAAUGGGAAUGAAGUCAUGUUUCCUGAUGUGCACAGUGAAAAUGAAGACGCCGACGCUUACAUGGUAGAGAUUGCGGACGGAAUGUCAAUUGAAAGAUCGUGUGUAGCAUCAAAUGGAAUCAUUAUAAUGUACUCUGUGGUAGAUCGGCAAUCGUUCUAUCACGCCGCCGAGAUCUUCAAGAGACUGGAACACAGCAGAGAGCAUAAUCAGCCAAUUGUACUUGUCGGAUCCAAGAAGGAUAUGAGAGUCAAGAGAGUUGUCACAUCAUUUGAGGGACAACAGUUGGCCAGAACGUUAGGGAUCCCGUUCCUUGAGGUUUCUUCGAAGCAGAACGAUUGUGUUUUUGAGGCGUUUGAAGAGCUGGUUUCACUUAUUCAGAAACAGAAUGCUGCUUUUAAGAAUGUUGUGAAACAGAGUCUUGUUUGAUUUUUUUGGAUUAAUUGUUCUUGUUAUAUUGCAUAUCGGUGAAAAUGAAUAUUAGUACUUGAUU